GUGGGCCGCUCGGUGCCGGCUUCCAGAACGGCUGGCCUGGCGACGGCGGAAAGCGGGCUCCUCUGGACACCGCGGCCGGGUGCAGCUUUCAGCUUAUUUUCAUCAUUGGAGCUACAGUUGUUGUUAAAAUGGAAGAAGUUAAUGCUUUCAAAACACCAAGCAAAUUACUUGAAAGAAGGAAAUCUGCAUUAUGUUCAACUCCAUCUUUUACGAUUCCUGCCUCUCCAUUUAUGCAGAAGCUUGGUUUUGGUACUGGGGUCAGUGUUUACCUUAUGAAAAGAUCUCCAAGAGGUUUGUCUCAUUCCCCCUGGGCUGUGAAAAAGAUUAAUCCUAUCUGUGAUGAUCAUCAUCGAAGUGUGUAUCAAAAGAGACUAACUGAUGAAGCUAAGAUUUUGAAAAGCCUUCAUCAUCCAAAUAUUGUCGGUUAUCGUGCUUUCACCGAGGCCAGUGAUGGCAGUCUGUGUCUUGCUAUGGAGUAUGGAGGGGAGAAGUCUCUAAAUGACCUAAUAGAAGAACGAAACAAAGACUGCCAGAAGCCUUUUCCAGCAGCUGUAAUUCUAAAAGUUGCCUUGAAUAUGGCAAGAGGAUUAAAGUAUCUUCACCAAGAAAAGAAACUUCUUCAUGGAGACAUAAAGUCUUGCAAUGUUGUAAUUAAAGGUGAUUUUGAAACAAUUAAAAUCUGUGAUGUAGGAGUCUCUCUACCAUUGGAUGAAAAUAUGACUGUGGCUGACCCCGAGGCCUGUUACAUUGGCACUGAGCCAUGGAAACCCAAGGAGGCUUUGGAAGAAAAUGGUAUUAUUACUGACAAGGCAGACAUAUUUGCCUUUGGUCUUACUCUAUGGGAAAUGAUGACUCUAUCUAUUCCACACAUUAAUCUUCCAGAUGAUGAUGAUGAUGAUGAUGAUGAAGAUAAAACUUUUGACGAGAGCGACUUUGAUGAUGAGGCAUACUAUGCAGCUCUGGGAACCAGGCCACCUAUUAAUAUGGAAGAAUUGGAUGACUCGUACCAGAAAGUCAUUGAGCUUUUUUCUGUAUGCACUAAUGAAGACCCUAAAGAUCGUCCUUCUGCUGCACACAUUGUUGAAGCAUUGGAAUUAGAUAUCUAGUGAUGACCUCAUUUUCAUGACCUUGGCAUGUAGCUUGGUUUGUGUACAUAAUUCUUUAUUUGAUCUUUUUAUACUUUGAUGUUAUUAGACUAUGAAAGGAGGCUGUUUGAGGACCAUAACACUUUAAAAAUUGGACAACUAUUUCAAAUAUGUCUUGUAUAAAUAAGUGUUCUUUAGAGUUCAGCUCUGUACUUUAACACUGUUCAUAAGGACUUAAAAUCCUAGUAGUAAAUACUAUAAACUGCAUGUGAAUUUCAACUGAGUAACCAUUACUUUUGUUAGAGCUUUCUAAAAAUAUUCUUUUAAUGGAACUAUGAAAAUGAGCACUUUUAUACAAUACGAAAUGCUUGUAUUUUAAAACUGGAAACUGUAUGCUGAUCCAAGGCCAUCUUAAUCUACAUACUUUACUUAAGCUAAUAUACUUAUUGAACUGUCACGGGAACCUUAACUCAUUGGAUAUCUAGGACAGCUUAUACAAUCCUGUAUCUUCCCAGAUCUUUAGUUUUAAUUUAUUAAGUGUAUUUUCUGCACUGAAGUUCCUUUUAGAUUUUGUUACUAAUGUAUAUCCUAAGCAUUUUACAGCUGUGGUAUAAAAAGAAAAACUUAAAGGGGAUGAUCUACAAUAAAUGACCUUUUUGGCACCAAGCGGCAUCUUGACAUUACUUUAUACACCAGUUGAGUGUGUCAUUGAACUUCCGUGAAUGUGUGUACCUUUCUUUCCUUCUUCUGGCCUUGUUUAUCUGUAAAAUGAGGUCGAUUUAGAUCAGCUGUUUCUGUGAGACACAGUCCCCUGGGAAUUUAAAAACUAGGAUUACAAGUUUGAAUGGAAGUGGCAUGCCCAGAUGUGGCUGUAGACAAAUUUUUAUCUUUAAUUUUUGUAGACAAAAUUUGUAAAGUUAUUGUGACUUGGCAGUUCAUGGAAUAGCAGCCACUCACUGCAUUCUGGAACUGUAGAAAAUUCUGGUAUUCACUGAAAUGUUCCUUUCAAUAAGACUGUUCCAGGCAGUGAUUACAUAAACACUAACUAGCAUAUCUUCCUUUAAAAUGAUAAAGUGACAAAGUAAACUAAAAGUUGGCUUA